AUGUGGCUGCCAGAUACAAUUCCAGUGCCAGGACCAGAUGUGACCAUGAAUCUCGGUGACUCCAUGUUGACUUUUACUGCAGUGCACUUUUCCUCGCCUUCUCUUCAACCCCCAAACCCAGCACACUGGGAGAAGUGCUCAUUGCCUCUCAAGGCUUCAGCAUGCCCUCAGGAGGACACCCCUCUAGUCCUUUCUAGUUUUCCCAGGUCACAGGCACUGCUGGUCAGAGGAGUUCAAGACUCUGGCUCUAGUCGGGCAGGAGUUGGCAAGGUCAUUGUUCAAGUUAGAGUAGAAGGGAGAGAAACAGAGCAUCCUGGAGCUAAGUCCUUUGUCAGCACCAAGACCUCCCUCAACUGGAAUGCCCCAGUGGCUCCUGAUGGGGCUACUGAGCAGGCUCCAUCACCUUUAGAGGCAGCCUCUGCUGUGGAGAAAAUGGCUCUGACCACUUCUCUUGUGAAAACUCAAGCCUGGAAGAGAGGGUUGUUCCCAGCUUGUCCAGUUCCACCACCAGCUGUCCAGCUGACCUCCAUUUUCCCCAAAGCGAAGGGUCAACCAGCACAACAUAGUGUUUCUGCAGAAGGGCUGGCCACCACCCAAUCCAGGCUCUCCUUGGAUGACUCCACCUGUAAUCCCCAGAGUAUUUAUGAGAAUUACCGACUGUGGCAAAGCUUCAAGCCUCUGGCGGAGACGCACUACCCUCAAAGCCCUGACACUGAAGCGCUUUCCUGUUUUCUAAUCCCAGUCCUAAGAUCACUGGCCCGACGGAAGCCCACCAUGACCCUGGAGGAGGGAAUUUGGUGGUCCCUGCAGGAAUGGCAGCACACAAGCAAUUUUGACCGGAUGAUCUUCUACGAGAUGGCAGGAAAGUUCAUGGAGUUCGAGUCGGAGGAGGAGGCGCAGAUCCGGAAGUUACAGCUGAAGAAUGGGUCUGCAUGCGCGCCCCCUUCAGAUGCACAGAAACUGGAUUCCCAAAGGCCUUCAGCCACUGUGGUCGACCAACCCCCAAGUAUGGGGACCCAAGCUGCAAGAGCAGUGCUCAUUCUGAAGGAGAGAGGUGGGAGGGCACCGUCUCCCGACCUGAGGCAGCAGAGACCUAAGUGCACUUGGGAGCCAAAGACACCCAAGACGAUCCCUCCUGAAGCCGUGAAAGAGUAUGUGGAUAACAUGAUAAGUCUGCUGAGGCCAGCUCAGUCCUCCACUGGGGAGGCUGACAACCAAUGGGAAGGGGAAGAAAAUGAGCACCCCCAGGAAGAGGAUGAUAUAUCCCCGGACCCGGGGCUCAUGAGCUACAUUAACAUGCUAUGCUCACAGGAAGCCUUCGUCACCAAGGUGGAAGCAGUCAUUCAUCCUCAAUUCCUGGGAAUGUUACUGUCUCUGGACCCACUGGCCGAUCCUUUAGACUUAAUUGAGAAGCUUGAGCAAGAGGAAGGACUCACUCUCACCCAGCUGACAGAGAAGCGACUGCUGGAGUUGAAAGAGACAAAGAGUGGGGAUGCACCCCAAAGUCAUGAUAUGCCCCAAGGGGAGGCCAUUUUUCCAUACUCUGAGUCUAGUCAAGGUUCAGGAAGUGGAGAUCACCAAGACCUUCAAGUAGGGCUCCUCAAUGACACAGGCGUCGAUAGGUUGAAUGCAGAUGUUCUGACCAGAGAGGAUGGUGGCAACAUUAACCUGUCCAAGACAAAAGAACGUGCUGUCUCUACUUGGCGUCAAAAGUCAGAGAAACUACAGUCUGAACAGUCCAUCUCUUCUCACCGGGAUCACAGCCACGCUUCCACUCCAUCAGCAACCAGGGGUGCCUUGAGAGUCUGGAAAACACCGCCUGUGAUGAAACCACCUGCGAUAGGAGAAUGGUCUAGUGAUGAAGCAGAAGAGGAGGAGGAGGAGGAGGAAGAGGAGGAGGCACUCCCCAGUCUAGCAUUCCUCUUGGGAUCUCAACAAAGACUACUGCCCUGGGGACAUUCCAAGAGUGCUGGCUCGCCAUCCGCCAUUCUCCACAAUGGCGUUCAGGGCUCCAGGAAAGCCUUCCAGCCCCUGUCUCCUGAGAAAGGGUGUCCCAGUCACUCUCAACAGAUAGCUGCCAAGUCUAAGAUGCCAGCUCCAGUUAGGGCGCCAUCUUCUGAUGAUAAGAGGCCCCCGUCAGCGGCUGACCUCAGAGGGUCUUGCAGGCAACCCUUGGUUGUGACUGAAGCGAAACCCUCACUCCCUCGAAAAAGAAAGCUUGAACCUUCUGCUAGUGAGAAAAGAAAAAAGGCUUAUUUUAGCCAAUAUCAGGGAUCUCUCCUCCUCGUCUCAGACUCGAAAGUUGGAAAAUCCUAA